GCCCGAGGGGCGGGCGGGGGCCGCCUCCCGCUCCGGAUAAAAGCUCGGGGCGGGGCGCCGCGCAGAAGCCGCUGCCUCCCGGGAGCCGGCCGUGCGCUCCGGCCCCGUGCCCGUCCGCAGCACGCCCGCGCGGCCGCCGGCUCCCGUAACUGGAUAAAAGAAGUCUGGAAGCCAUGUCGGAGUUUUGGUUAAUUUCUGCCCCCGGCGAUAAGGAAAACUUACAAGCCCUGGAGAGGAUGAACACGGUAACCUCCAAGUCCAACCUGUCUUAUAACACCAAAUUCUCGAUUCCUGACUUCAAGGUGGGGACCUUGGAUUCCCUUGUUGGCCUCUCUGAUGAGCUGGGGAAACUCGAUACCUUUGCUGAAAGCCUCAUAAAGAGGAUGGCCCAGAGCGUGGUAGAAGUUAUGGAAGACUCCAAGGGGAAGGUUCCGGAGAACCUCCUGGCCAACGGAGGUUUGAAGGAAAAACUGAAAUGUUUAAAGAUUGACUUAACAUCCUUCGUGACCCACUUUGAGUGGGACAUGGCCAAAUAUCCUGCGAAGCAGCCACUGGUGAGCGUCGUGGACACUCUAGCAAAGCAACUGGCACAGAUCGAGACCGACCUGAAGUCCCGGACGGCCGCCUACAACACCCUGAAGACAAACCUGGAGAACCUGGAGAAGAAAUCCAUGGGAAACCUCUUCACUCGGACGCUGAGCGAUAUUGUGAGCAAAGAAGACUUCGUGUUGGAUUCCGAGUAUCUUGUCACACUUCUGGUCAUCGUGCCCAAACCAAGCUACGCGCAAUGGCAAAAAACCUACGAAUCCCUCUCGGACAUGGUGGUCCCUCGGUCGACUAAACUGAUCGCCGAGGACAACGAGGGCGGCCUCUUCACGGUGACCCUGUUUCGAAAAGUGAUCGACGAUUUCAAAACCAAAGCCAAAGAGAACAAGUUCACUGUCCGUGAAUUUUACUAUGAUGAGAAAGAGAUAAAGAGGGAAAGGGAAGAGCUGAGCCGUUUGCUGUCUGAUAAGAAGCAACAGUAUCAAACUUCCUGUGUUGCUCUUAAAAAGGGAUCAUCCACCUUCCCGGACCACAAGGUUCAGGUAACCCCGCUAGGGAACCCCGAUAGGCCCGCUGCGGGGCAGACGGACAGAGAGAGAGAGAGUGAGGGCGAGGGAGAGGUAAGCAGCACCCGGGAGCCCUGGGCUUCCCCCGCUCGCAUGUCCUCGCCAGCGCAGGCGUCUUCUGAGAAAACAAAGCCUUGCGUUUUCUGUUACCGAAGGUGGCUUUUGAGGGCUCAAAUCAAGGAGCCCAGCAUCAAACGCCUUUCCUCCUCAUCCGGGGGGCCUCCUUGGAGCUGCCCCCCGCCCCCGGCAGUGGAUGGUGCUUGCUGGCCAGGGUGCCCCCCGCCCUGUCUGGAGGUGGCUGGAGCUGGUGACGGGGACAGGUGCUGGUGGUCGGGCAGCUCGGCUCUCCUCCCCUGGCUGCCCUGGCUGGACCCACCCCUGACCUUGGUGGGCACUUGGAGGUGCCUUUGCUCCAAGACUCGAAGCUCCCUCUCCCCGAGGAGCGGCCACAGCGGCAUUAGUGGCAGCUGUCGUGGCCGAGUGAGGCGGGCUCCUCGGGGGGGCCCCCUGGAAGCGGCGGCUGGUGGAUGACGCCAGGACCCCGGGGCAGCGCCACCCUGGGAGGCCGGCCCCUUCGCAGCACAGCGUCAGAGGGAAGCCUGCGGGCUGCCUGCUGACAGCCCUGAGGUCAGGGGCUGCCCAGCCCCUGCAGCCCGGUCUGCGGUGGCCCCGCGCAUGCGCCGGGUGGCUGGCCCGCGGCGCUUCCCCGGCCCCCCGCCCCGGGGCGGCCCGGCCGACGGGGUCCCGGCCCUCGUCCAACCACCUCGCUGCUUCCGCUGGCCGCCGGGCAUUUCUUCGCCGCUCGGGGCUUGCUCUGUCAAAACCCACGUCCUCCUCGGCCUCGCGUGGGCGGAGCGGCCAGCGGGCGUCACCGGCUCUCCUGUCU